UCCGGUUAGGCGGAAUCCUAUAUCCAGUCCAGGUUUUCUAUAGUUUCCUUAAGGUCAGUCAAUGUGGUCGUCAACAGUGUGUCUGUUUUGCAAUGUUGGGAAACAUUCUUCAAUUUGUAGAGUAAUUCCCAGCUAAAGAACGACAGUUCCAGAAUGAAUAAGCUCGUCAGUAAUUCCCGGACCCGAGUCCUAUUGACCUGCAGGACUUGGUUCGCCCAUCCACAAAGAGGUGUCCUGACAGCGGCUCCAAACACCCCGAAACGCCGCCCAGCAUCCCUCAACCCCCCGCCUCCACAGCGGACAGAGUCCCGCAGGCACAGGUCCGGAGGGGCAGGUAUGAAUGUGUUUGACAGAGAGAUGAAGAGACGACAGAGGAAGUGGGCAGCGUCGCUACAGGGGAGCCAGCAAUUUGACUACCUGAGAGACGAGGUGGGGAGUCGCGUGGCGGAUCGGGUCUAUGACAUUGCUCGAACCUUCCCGCUGGCUCUGGACUUGGGCUGUGGGAAGAGCCACAUCGCCCAACACCUGAGCAAGGAUGUGGUGGAGCGUUUGGUCCUGGCAGACACCUCAGAAGACCGCCUGAACCAGAGGUCCGCCUGUGAGAUCCCGACCCAGUGCGUCCUGGCCGACGAGGAGUACCUGCCCUUCCCAGAAAACACCUUUGACCUGGUGCUCAGCAGCAUGAGUAUGCACUGGAUCAACGACCUGCCGGGAGCCUUCAAACAGAUCCAGUCGGUGCUGAAGCCCGACGGGGUGUUCAUCGGCGCGGUGGUGGGCGGGGAGACGCUGUUCGAGCUGCGCUGCUCGCUGCAGCUGGCCGAGACGGAGCGCGAGGGGGGCUUCUCCCCCCACAUCUCCCCCUACACGGCCGUCAGCGACCUGGGGAACCUGAUGGGCCAGGCCGGCUUCAACAUGCUCACCGUGGAUCUGGAUGAGAUCCAGGUGGACUACCCCAGUAUCUUCGAGGUCAUGACAGAUCUGCAAGGGAUGGGUGAGAGUAACUGUGCGUGGAACAGGAAGUCCGUCCUCCACAGAGACUCCAUGCUGGCGGCGGCGGCAAUCUACCAAGAGAUGUACGGCCACCCAGACGGCGGCGUUCCGGCCACCUUCCACGUCCUCUACAUGAUUGGCUGGAAGCCUCACGAGUCCCAGGCCCGGCCGGCAAAGCGAGGGUCCGCUACGGUGUCGUUCAGCGACCUGACCCAGGUGGGCCGCACCGUCACCAAGGAGACGCCGUAGAGACGCCGGACCCCGGCCAGAACAUUCUAUUCAUGUUAUAAUAAUGUACAUAGUGUGGGAUUUAAAGUGUUGGCCUUUUUAAAGAUGAACCGCAAUAAACAAGCUUUGAGACAGAAAAA